GGAUUUUUGUUUUUUGUGAACCGUGAAAAUUAUUUGGUGAAACUUUUUAGUUGAUUGAAAAAUUAUUUUUGGAUGUUGGAAAUUAUUUUUGGAUGUUGAAAAUUACUUUUGGAUUAAGAGCUAUAAAUUGUGGAUUAAAAGCUAUAAAUUGUUGAUUAUUGAAUAAAUUUGGAGAAACGACUGAUUGAUAUAUUGACCAAAAGUGGAUGUUAAAAAAAUAGUAUUGUGAAUUCGGCAAAAUUUGAAUAAAUUAUUCAGUGAAGAACCAUUUCAUUAGUGGAUGCAAGAUAGAGUAUAAUUAAAAAAAUCUCAAAAUUCGCCCACAUAAAUCCAAAAUAUUAAAAUUCUAAGCAGAUUAAGAUUGAGAAUAUUUUCAUCUCACAUCAAGUGUUGAUUACAAGUUGAAAUAAAAAAAAGAAAUUUUGUGUUGCACGAUUUAAAGGCCAAACUCGCAAAAGGUACAGAAUAAAAAAAAAAGUUGAAUCCCAAGUGAAUAAUUUUUUUUGUGUGCUGUUUGAGCGAAAAAGAUCAAAAAAGAAGAAAGAAAAAGUCAAUUUUUUGUUCACAACGGCACGAGAGAGAAACAACAAGGAAGCAAACAACAAGAAAACAAAAUAAGCAUUUCAUCGGAACUUACUGUCGCUGAAUCUUAAUAAUGAGCCAGCAACAAAAUCAAUUGUACAAUUGUCAGCACUUGAAGCAGAAUCAAUAGUCGAUUAUUUCAUCUCAACAAUGUAUGCACAAAGUCAUCAAGAGUCAAUGCAUAACGCAAUCAUGAACGGUAACAUGAUUGAAGCGUCCCUCAUACCGGGAUCAACGGGAAUGUCACCAUCGCCCACUAUAAUGCAACAACAACAUGGAACUGAAUUGUAUAGUAAUGGAAAUGUGACUGCAAAUUCGUUAAGGACACACUCGUCAAAAUUUCCGAUUGAACGAGAACUAAUAUUAUCGACAGAUAAAAGUGGCUCGAAGGUUCCAAUCAAGCAAUAUCCACGUCAUAUUCCAACAACUCCAGUAGCAUUUAAUCGUUCAUCAGUUUCAAAUGGUAAUGGUAAUGCCACGGGCGUUAUACAGCAAUUUUUACCUAAAUCAUCUACAGCUGUUGCACCUGAUCAUCCAACUCCAAAACAUGCAUGGAAUUCACAAAAUGGAAAUCUCGACAAAGGUCAAAUAUCGAUGAUGACUGGAGCGAUUCCGAGAGCACCGACGAGAUUACCGGAAGAUGUAACAGCGCUGGCUGAAAGGGAAAUGGGCGUUGGAAAAGAUGGGAGGGAAUCAAAGAAUGCAGUUAGCAAAACAUACCAUACACUUAAAGAUUUAAUCUCAUCAAAAUUCAAAAAGGAUACAGCGGAUAUGACACCGGAAGAGCUUAAUAAUGUAACGAUACAGCAACAGCAUCAGUUAUCACAGAAUUAUCAGAACGAAGAAAUUGGAAAUCAACCUUAUUACAAUUUAAUGCAGCAACACAUCCAAAUGCCUCAACAGCAGCAGCAACAAUGGAAUGGUCAAAAUCAUCAUCAAUCAUCGCAACAGACGCAAGUAUGGAACGGGAAUCGUCAAAUUAUGCGGGAUUCACCUGUUCAAAUUACACAGCAACAAAUAGAUAUGAAUAGUCAGCAACAAAUGUAUCCACAUAUGAUUGCUACACGAGUUUCCAUUCAUCAACAUCGUGCGGCAUCACAGCCACAGUUAAAUUUACCACUACGUGAGCAUCAACCAGAUGAUAGACGAGGUUCAUUAGCAAAUAUUGAUGUAACUGAUUCGGAUGAAGGUGGCUUUGCUGGAAAUAAAAUGUGGAGACCACCUAAUCAGCAACAGCCAGCACAACAAAUCAUUCAUCAACAACAACAGAAUUACAUUAAAAGAAGUUCGAUGGCACAGCCAUUAGCUCAAUCACAACAGAUAAUAACAAAUGGACAUUAUCAACAAAUUUCAUCCAAUUCUUAUCAUCAUUUAACGCCACAGCAACAACAUUUGCAAAAUGGUCAAAUUCCAGACGGUGUUUAUAUGACUCAAAAAGUUGAUCUUAAUCAGCAUCAACAUCAUAAUGGAAAUAGUGGAGCUACAACACCAUCCGAUUGGCUACAACGUGAAAAUAUCCGAUCAUCGUUCAGUCAAGAUCAUUUACAUUUAAGUCAGAAAGGGGAAAAAUUAGUUCCACCAAUUCCACCAGCAAAACCAAAUCUAAGUAUGACCCAGCCACAACAGCAGAAGAAAUUAGUACCAAAUUAUGAACACCCACCAAAACCAGAGAUGAAGAAACCACUUGAGACAUCGACACCAACAUCAUCAGCCUCACAAAUCUCACCGCUCGAUCAACAAUCAGCUCAAAAUAAUGGAAAAUUACCAGGAUCUGCCGCAAGUUCCGAUUACGAUAAAAGUGGAAAUCACAGUUCGAAUGUUGAUUCUGGUCGUGGCUCAGCAGCAUAUUCGAGUGGCCGUAAAGCACAGCAUGACACUAGUCCAGAUCAUUCUGAUACACCCGUACCACAAUUAAGACCCAAAUCAAAUGACAGCGAAUGGAUUGAUAUUGUUGAUGCUGAGUUACGACACAUUCUUGAGCCUGGCAUGCAGAAUUUAAAUUUAAGACCGGAGAGUACAAUAUCCGGUAGUCUAUCGUCAAUAUCUCCACCAUUGCCACCAACAUCACCGGAUGGAAGUGUACAGCAUACAAAUGAUACUAAUAAACAUACGACGAGCAGUAAUACAAUCACAAAUAAAGGUGGAACUUCAAGUAAACAGUCAGCACCACAGACAUCCAAGAAACCAGAGUAUGGAACUGACAGUUACAACCGACCCGGAAAAAAUAAAUUAAUUGGACCAUCACGUGGCUUACCCGGUUCUUUGGUACAAAAGCGCGGUGAACAAAUGCGAUCAUCAAUAACGAAAAAGCAUGAACAAUCAAUGAUGAAGCGACAUUUAUUUGGUCUCGACGAUUUAACAUCUACAACAACUAGGUCACUCGAUUUAGAUUCUUUAUUAGGCGGACCAUGGGGUGCUGGACAAUCAGUAAGCGAUUCGGAGACUGAUACACAAGGCUUAAGGCACAUUAAAUCACAGCUUGAAGGCCUUGAAACGAUGUACACUGAAGUAUUGAAAAUGCUCGGUGGACGUGGUGGACAUUUGAGAAAUAUGAGACGAAGACAAGGUAGCUUAUCAUCACUGCCAAGCAGUUCUGUUAGUGGACGACCGGUUAGAGAUAGACGACGAACUGAUGAAAGGAGGAAGGUUAGAGAUAUCAAGGGUAUCAACAAGCGCUUCCAACGACUUGAAUCACACGUAGUUACUCUUGCGAGAAGUGUGGCUCAUCUAUCUAGUGAGAUGAGAUCACAGCAUCUUGUAACACAAGAGGUUGAACAAAUUCGUCAAGAAAUGAACUUUCGCAUUCAACAGUCGCAGUUCCACAACAAAUCAGCUGAUAAUUUGAAUAAUGAUACAGUUGAUGGACCAAAUUUAACAAACCCAAAGAGAGUAAAGAAGCUAACAAAAUUCUUUGGCGAGGAUCCACCAUUGAUGAGAUUAUUUUUGAAGAAAUUGGGAUAUGAGAAAUAUGCGGUCCUAUUUGAAAAAGAACGCGUUGGAAUGAUUGAAUUACCAUAUCUUGGCGAAGAGCGUCUACAAAAAUUAGGCGUACCACUGGGACCACGUUUAAGAAUACUCCAAGAGGCACAAAUCUCUCUCGUAAAAGAUAAGACGCUAUGCAUCGUUUAAGUCACUUUUGACGCCGUAAUUAAUUUUUUUUCAUCAUCAUUAAUUUUAAUUGUUGAUUGUGACCUGCUCUCCUAGCUGAUUCAUAGAAUGGGAUGCAGUCUGCUAUUUUUAGACAUAAUUAUGAGAUAUUAUGCUGUAUUUAACCUUAAGAUACGUACGCGAUAAUUAAUUUUAAUAAUUUUUUUUAACGUUGUGAAAAAAGAAAAUAUUUUAGCAAGUGGAAAAUCAGGGGUUGUAAGAAGGUAGAAAAGGAUACAUGAAUGUAUAUAAAUUAGAAAAACGUGGCAAGAGUACAUGAUUAAUGGACAGAAAAUCUGUGCUGCCUGUUGCUUUACGAUUAUUUUGUGUAGUUAUAAUUACUAGAUUUAACUUUAGUUUUUGACUUAGUUCAAUAUCUAAGGCCGGAAGUGUGCAAUGCAGAAAGAAAUGGAAACAAAAUUAUAAGAAUUGCACAUUUUAAGCUUAAAGUUUCUUAUGUUCAUUUUUAUCAUGCUAAUCUAAUUUUAAUUAUUGAUUUAUAGCUAUUUCCAAAUAUUUUUGGAUGACACGACUUGAUCAGUUCCAAAAAUAUUGAAUUUUUAAUGAAAUUUUGAUUGUUCUUGAGAGAGGUGGAAGUGAUUUGAUGGCUUUAAGAUCAGAUAAUCCUGAAUGGCACGAGUCGGUUAAUCGAUCAGAAAUCCGAUACAAAGUCGGUGUGACACUGGCAUGGUGCUGGAUUUAAAUCGAAGCCAUACUGGCAAUUAUAUUUGUUUAACCGACUUGUGCCAUUCAUUAAUUUUGGUUCUAGUUCAUUAUUUAGAUUGAAUUAAUAUGUAUUAUUGUAGUUGCCUUCAAAAGUGAUAUUACAGCUGCAUUCUACAUACUGCAGCAAUGAUAAUGACUUCAAAGGACUCAUCGAGUCUUAAACAUAAUAAAUCUCACAAAUUAUCAUAAAAAAUCAAUUUCAAGAUCAAUAAGACUUCCAUAAAUCUUUCAUAAAUG